GGUGUCCUUGGUUGUUUGUGCUUAAAUGAUAUUUUUUGAUAUGUUUGCAGGUCAAAAGUAACAACGGCAGAGCAAUACGAAAAAUUGUGUGAUAUGAUGGCCACAAAAAGAGAUAUUGCGCAGGGCUUCCAAAAGCGACCGAAGGAAGAAGUACAAGAGUUUUGGGAGGAGGUUGCAAGGAAUUUAAAUGCACUUGGCCCACCAACAAAAGAUUCCAAUACAUGGAGAAAGGUCUGGAUUGACUGGAAAUGCUACAUGAAGCGAAAAUUAUCGCAUAACAAAAAAUACAGGAUGAGCACCGGUGGAGGUCCUUGCCGUUUACAGCGCAUAAGCCCACUGGAGGAAAAGGUGAUAGCUUUGACGGGUUUGGAAACAUGCACAAGUGGAAUAAGUGGGGCCCGCGAUUAUGGCGAUAGUGUGGAGGUAGAAGAUGCUGCCGAAACCACUGAAAUGGACACUUCCGCUCGUUCGGAUGAUAUCCCUUCAACCAGUGGAGCUAGCAGCCAAAAUAGAGAGCCGAGAGCAGACUUCUUCAUUACUCAUUCUUCAUUACUUAAGCAACAGAUUCAAAAUCAAAAAGAAUUUUAUGCAGAGACGAAAAAAAUUCAAUGAAGCUGCCUUUGGUAAAAUGGAAGAAGUUACUAAAUAUUUACGGUACAUGAAUCGUUCUCUUGAAACUUUGGCGGCAACUGCAGUGAAGCAACUUGAAGAACAGAAGCGACACAAUAGAAUUAAGGAAGAGCUGUUGAAGGAAAAAGUAGAAAUAAAAAUGCAAAUGCUAAGAUUAGAUCCAAAUUAUAAGCCUGAUUCAAAGUAGUCAUUUUUUAAUUGUUAGCCUUUUAUUUAUUUUACUAUUAUUCAUUUAUAU